CAAACAAGUCCGUGACUAACGACUGAUUACAAAUUGUACACAUGUCAGUGACAUUUACCAACAAGCCGGGGUCCAUUAGAGCAGGUGGUUGGGACUCGAUGGACUCGGAUUAUAAAUCAGAAUAUGGAGGUAGAUUUCCAAAAUCAGUGUGGUGGAUUGGAGCUGCUGCUGUGUGUCUGGGGCUGCUCUAUCUUCUCCUGCUGAUUAUCAUCAUAGCCAUGGUGGCCCAACAUAUCGGGCCAACCCUUCUUAAAGACACUGAACAACUGCUCUUUAGUGCCAUUAGGUGUGACAAUUUGACUUCACAAUGUUUCCAGUUACAAAGCAGAUACAACACCUUGUUGGAAAGAAACAACCAGUUAGAGAUCAAGCUCUGUUCUCUGACUAAAGAGAAAGACACUGUCACAGGGGAGCGGGACACCCUCCAAAAUGAGCGGGACACCCUCCAAAAUGAGCGAGACACCCUAAGAGACGAACGAGAUCAUCUAAAGUUGGUAUCCAGCAAUUUGACUAAGGAGUUGGCGGUUCUGCAGAACCGAUUCAACACCGUGGUUGAAAGUCGCGAUGGCUUGAAAGAGGAGGCCCAAGAGUUGAAUCAGAACAGAACAGAAAAACUUUGUCCAUCGCACUGGGUCAAAUUCCAGGAGAAAUGCUACUACAUUUCUAAGAAAGGUAAAACUCUUUCAUGGCAAGCAAGUAGAAGAGACUGUAAAGACAGAGGAGGUGACCUGGUCAUCAUCACCACAAGACAGGAGCAGAAUUUUGUCACCGCAUAUUACGACCGAAUCUGGAUCGGUCUGUCUGACUCGGAUCAAGAGGGCAAGUGGAAGUGGGUGAACGGGGAAGAACUGGACUUUAAAGGAUUCUGGCAGAAAGGGGAGCCCAACGACUCUGAUGGAGACGAGAACUGUGUGGAGGUUUCACAUUCAGGAAGGGGAUGGAAUGAUAUGCCUUGUCAUGAGCAAUUAUCCUGGGUUUGUGAAGAUUAACAUCCACUUUGUAGGUCUGCUUCUCGAGUUUAUCAUUUUAUAUCUACUGCAUAUCCAUAUUCAUGUAUGUGCUGCAUAUUUAAUACAUCAGGUAUUUUCACAUUAUUUUCCUUUGCAGAAUGGAACUUCUGAGGUAGAACGUAAUCCCAACCGGGUUGGCUGAUCAUUUGUUUUUCUUCAUAGUAAACAAUACAAAACAUAUAAAAUACAAAAAAUUCUACUACUCACCCUGUGCAUUUGUGCAUGGAGAGAGAGUUGCUGACUCAAGAUUCAAGAGAUUCAAGAUUCAAGAGAGUUUUAUUGUCAUGUGCAUGGUAAAACAGCAGUUAUACCAUGCAAUGAAAAUCUUAUUCUGUUCAUUCUCCCAAGAAAAGAAAGAAAACACAAGAAAGACGUCAUGUAUCAGACUUUUUAACAUGUUUAACACUGUCAUACAAGUGUGAAAAUAAGUUAACCGCUCCAUAAUGGCACUUCAAACAAUUACUGCAUAUGCUUGAAUUGUCUUCACAAAAGGAUUGCACGAUUGCAUGCAUGUGAGCUUUUAAUGGUAAUGGUAAUCACAUGAGGCGUGGAUGUUGAGAGUGGCGUGGGAACUUUAUCUCAGCCAUGGGAAGGGUGUAAAUUUUGGUACACAUCAUCAGUAGUGUACCUUUCAAUCAGUGGAUGUCAAGCUGUGUCCCAAGCAUGAAUAAACUAGUGUGGGGGGAGAGGUAGGGGCAAUGAGCUAGGCAAUAAGGUCCCGACCUGGGACCAACAAACUGCCCCGCCCACCGGGUCGUCACUCAGCCAUUAUACCGCUCCUCCAUCAUAUUCAAAGGUUCCUGGGCUUCGCAAACAUCUAUAGCUGGUCUAUUAGGAAUUUUUGUAGAGUCGCAGAACUUUUGAGGCUCACAUCUGUUAAAGUUCCGUUUACUUGGAUCCCAGAGGGUAAUUCAGCAUUUGUGAAGCUUCAAUGUAAAGGAUCGAUAGAUUGAAUACGCCUGCAACACCCUCAUCAGCUCAGCCACAGGUCUCCGUCUGUUUCACAUGUCGUACGGAUACCAACCUCCGGCUUUUCUCUCGUUGGAGUCGGAGUCUGCGGUGCUUGCCCGCCUGGCCUGGCGCACUUGUAUGCACAUCAGUGGUUGUCCAACCGCCAACCCAUCAUUUAGACACGGGAUCGGAGAGGAAUUUGUGGAUGUCGAACAUGUCAUGGCUGUAUGUUGUAUGUCUUAUCAAUAGGUUUCUCCUAUUUGUUGUCAUCAGGAUGGAACAAAAACUGCCCAGGAUGUCAUCUACUAUGACAUCUACUAUGGCACAAUUUGUACUAUGGCACAAUUUUGAACAGUCGCAAUAGGUGCGGACACCACCUAUGGAGAUUUUGGGAGAGAAGAGUGGCCGUAAAAAAAAUAUAUAAAAGAAAAGAGGUUUGAAGCUAUAGUUGGUCUGGUCUGGGUGGAGGAUGCAAA